UUUAUGCCCAAUUUCCUCUAUAAUCCAUUUCGCCUUCCGGCGACCACAAAACUCACGAUGGAUAAACAACGGCCGAUAAUCGCCGCCUCCGAAUCGGACGAUGAGCUAUCAGCCUUUCUGAAAUCGGGCAUCUACCGGUUCGAAAACGCCAACGCCUGCUUCAUCGAUCCCGUUCGGGUCCUGAACCGCUCAUACACCCGGUUCAAGGUUUCUGGCUCGGCUUACUACUCCCGCUUUUUCCACGCUUCGGAAAUCUCCCUUGCCAAUCACAGUAAUGAAGCGCCCAAAAACUCGAAGAAGCGGAAACGCAGCGAGAAGAAGAAGAAAAAGGGACAAACACUCAACUCGCGGGAACAGAUGGCCGAUCAACGUCAUCAGGAGGUGAGACCAGCAUUGUUGAAGGCGCACGAAGCUCUGCUGGGCACGACUCAGCUUCUGGAAGCUUUGAGGGAUUUGAGAAAUGACUUCGAAAACUGUAACGGAGAAUCAAUUUCGAAGGGAAGUGAGGUUGAUUUUGUGGAAAUAGGAGGAGUUUGGCAAGCUCCAUUUUACGAGAUCGUCCUUAAACAUCAUGAAGACGACACCACAGUCGAAACUGCAGGUGUUGAGUCCUGUUGUCAGACAGCACUUCCUGUGUUCAGUAAUCUCGUUGCCAAUGAAGGGAGUCUUGAGAUAGAGGCUGAAUUACUUGGCCACCAGUACAUUUUGCCAAAGAGAAGUUCUUUUUACAUGUCCGACUUUACUAAUGCUUUGUUCCUUGUCAUGAGGAAGUCCGAUCUCAGUCAAAUCCACAACCUAAUUCCUGCUGAUUCUGAUUGUGGCUUCAACCUAAUAAUGAUUGAUCCUCCAUGGGAAAAUAGCAGCGCACGCCAGAAACAAAAGUACCGGACAUUGCCUAAUCGCUACUUUUUAUCCCUUCCUAUAAAGCAACUUGCCCAUAUUGCUGGGGCCUUAGUAGGCUUAUGGGUGACAAAUAGGGAAAAAUUGUGGAACUUUGUGGAAAAUGAAUUAUUCCCGAAAUGGGGAGUCAAGCAUGCUGCCACCUUUUACUGGCUGAAGGUGAGACCUGACGGCUUGUUGAUCAGUGAACUUGAUCUAUUCCACCACAGGCCGUACGAAUGCCUUAUUCUCGGUUUUAGUCAAGGGAAGGAAAUGAACUCCGAACAGCUCCUGAGUUUGAAACGUAUUCCUGAUAAUCAAAUUUUCAUCAGUGUCCCAGGAGACUAUUCGAGGAAGCCCCCAAUUGGAGAAUUUCUACUGGAGCAUGUGCUGGGAUUUAAGCCCGCCCGCUGCAUUGAAUUGUUUUCUAGAGAGAUGAUGCCUGGAUGGACGUCGUGGGGAAACGAACCCCUUCACUUUCAAGAUUCGAAAUACUUUCUUCAGGCUACAGAUAACUUAUAGCAUUCCCAUCAUCUAUUAAGACGAGUGAUUAUGAGUUGGGUUCUCAAUAUAUGAUGAUUUGUCCAUUGUUGAUUGCUUUCGCAUUCUACCUAAUACCAUACUUCCCCGAGCAUGCCAUGUUUAGCUUAAAGGACUCGGUUAGUUUCCUUAUGAAAUGGCCAAGUGGAUUAGGAUUAUAUUAGCUUUUGAUAUUAUAGCCAAUGAAAGGUGUUGCAGCAAACCCCAAUGUUUAA